CUCUCAAUGGAACAACCUACAGCAUUAGUACAGUGUUAGAAUGUUUGACUGUAAGAGAUCAGAGAUGUCUGAGGUUAUUUAUGACAAUGUGACUCUGAACAGAGGAGAGAGAAUAGAGAUGAUGGUGGACAUCUAUGAGAGUUCAGAUUUUUUAAGAAAUCAUGAAGUCAUGAUAAACACAGAGAGACACCAAGAGCUUCAACACACAGGAAGUGUUUCAAUGAAGAACAGAAGACAUGAAGCAGUUCAAGUGUGUUUGUGGUUGUUGUGUGUUCUUCUGUUGACUGCUGUAAUUGUGCUCUGUGUGUAUUUCACCACUGACAGAAAACACUUACUAACACACAACUAUAACUUGACCAAAGAAAGAGAGAAAAUACUUACAGAAUACACUGAGAUACUGAAUCAGAACAGAAACUUGACUGAAGAAAGAGAGCAAAUCAAAAACAAGACUGAUGAACUGCUAAAGGCCUUACAGGUUGAGAAACACCAAUGUCUCAUGAACAUCAGUCGUCUGUCAGAAGAAAGAAAUCGUUUAAAAGAACUGGACAGAUGGCUGACUGAACAAGGUUGGAGCACUAAAACCUUUAACUGGAUUUACUACAACUUUAGUUUUUAUUACUUUUCAUCUGAAUGGAAGAACUGGAGUGACAGCAGAGAAUUCUGUAAACAGAGAGGAGCAGAUCUGGUGAUUAUGAACAGCAAAGAAGAACAAGAGUUUUUGAAAAAGUUUACUAAAACCUAUUAUCAAAAUCAUCACCAUUACUAUUAUUAUUAUUGGAUUGGUCUGAGACAAAAUAAAGGUGAAUGGAAAUGGGUUGAUGAUACCAAAUUGACAACAAGGAAUUGGAUAUAUGGAGACCCCAAUACUUACAAAGGUAACUGUGCUGUAAUAUCUACAUCAGGAUGGACUCAAUAUUCAUGUGAUUGGAAUAGAAGAUGGAUCUGUGAGAAGAGAUUUUAAAAGUCAUCAUAUGAUCA